UCAGUAAAAAUUCUACAUAAAUAUAUGUACCUGUUUUAUGUAUCUUAACAUACUUUUAAAACACAUAUUUUAUUGGUUUCCACAUUUUAGUGAAUUUCUCAUAAAUUUCUCUUAAUGAGUAUUUUGUUUCGUUUCUGAGAACCCAAUAAUGUUUUGCCUUAUUGUUUGGCUGAACAUUCACACAUUUUGUUAAAUCCUAGACAGAAACAGGGUCAUCUGAAGUGAUGUGGUGAACGUGCCACCUUUUCUUAUGAAAAAAAAAAAAAACUGAUUAGGGCCCACACAAACACAUUCCUCAGGUGUGAAAUUGCAUUCAGUCUGAUCUGCAACAUGACCUGUUCACCCUCAUUCCCACACAGAAUGCAUGCCCGCAUGAACGGUUUUCAACUGUCACAGCAACUUCAUAAUUAUCUUUGAAAAUAUGUACUCGGCAUUCAAUACUGUAAGUAGCAGCUUCAUUCUAAACUAGUGAAAUAUGUUGCAGAAGAUUGUGGGAGUACAUGACGACAUUAUUUCUCAAGGGUAGAGUAGAUAACAGGCUAAACAACAUUCUUAAAACACAGACUGCUUUUAAAACAGUCAGACUCCAAUCACACAAUCAAGGCGUACGAACGUUUUAAGCUGAUAUUGUGUUUGAAAGGAGGAAAAGAAUGGACCAUGUUUUACUCACACACUGAGCUCAGUGUUGCUUCUGAAAUUACAACAUAAUGGUUUACUUUCUCCUUGUUGUCUUUGGACUUUUGUCCUUCACAUCAAGCCAAAUAUCUCACCAGUAUCACUUCAUAAAUAUCAGAAAGACCUGGACUGAGGCUCAGAGAUUCUGCCGUGAGAUGUACACUGACCUGGCGACUGUGAAUAAUGACGAUGAGAUGAACAGCUUGUUCAAAACCAUAACUGAUAAUUCAUAUGAUGUGUAUACUGGACUUUAUAGAGGUGAAGUGUUCAGAUGGCACUGGACCCUGCCAGACAGUGUGUACAAUGAAAAUACAUUCCAAGACUGGGAAAAAAAUCAACCAGAUAACAAUAAUAAUAAGGGCUGUGCUGCAAUGGACAACAAUGGGAAAUGGUUUACUGAUAGCUGUGAUGCACAAAGGCAAUUUGUCUGCUUUAAUGUUACAGCCACUAAAACAUAUAUCCUGAUUGAGCAGAACAAAUCCUGGAAAGAGGCCCAAGAAUUUUGCAGAACUUUUCACACAGAUCUAGUGAAUGUCAGAACCUCCUCAGAAAAUCAAGAAGUCAAGAAAACUGCAAAAAAAGAUGUAUGGAUUGGACUAUUUAAAGACCCUUGGUCGUGGUCGGAUCAGAGCAACUCUUCUUUCCGUUUCUGGAAUUCAAGUCAGUUAAGUAACAACAGAAGAGACCAGGACUGUGUUACAGUGAUGGUGAACCAAACAGGGAAAUGGAAUGACGUUCAGUGUAACACCACUCAGCCCUUCAUCUGUCAUGGUGUUCUGAAAUCUCAACCAACUACUAAACCAGCUACUACUGAUACUGAGGGGGGAAACAGAAGCACACAACCUACACAAACACUCACUACAGGUGCAGAGCAAGAUAACAUGAUUCUGGUCCGUGAGAACCUGACAUGGACCGAAGCUGUAACUUACUGCAGAAAGCACCACGUGGACCUGGUCUCCAUUCACAGUGAGGAGCUUCAGAACAGGACAGCAAGAAAAGCCACCCAGGCCUCCACUUCUCAUGUAUGGCUGGGUCUCCGUUACACCUGCUCCUUCAACUUCUGGUUCUGGAUAAAGAACAGAGAAGCGGACUGCUACCAGAACUGGGCGCCUGGUCAUGGGCCACAUGGUUAUGAGGAGUGUGGGCUGUCAGGAGCUAUGGAGUCCACUGGAGGGCACCAAUGGGUCGGGAGGCCAGAGAGUGAAAGACUCAAUUUCAUCUGCCAAAUAUGUACUAAUGCAUUUUAAAGGCAGGGUAGGUGAUGUGGUUCAAAAACAUUUUUGUUAUGUUGGUUGAAAAUCUCAUCACAUUCUGAUUGCCACCACGAAGUUAAGUGGUCUAAAUUUAUUUAUAUGUAGUUUGUGGAAGGUGUAGGACCAUAAAAUGUUCGUCCAAUCAAAAUGUUCGGUCUGAACAUUACAAUAGGCUGCCCUGCCUGCCUGUCAAAAUUUGUAUUUCCAUACCUCUGCGCACCCUGUUUACACAGACAUGAUAUGUCAUCAGCGCGUUUCAGCGAGAAAGAAAGAUGCUAUUAUUGUAAUAUUAAGUAAUCUGACAGAGUUGCUGUCAUCUUCCAUCUCUCAUCGUGUCGCAGGUUAGUCUCUGCUCUGAUGGAGCAUGUCCAUGUGUUUUGGAGGAGGCGUGGCUUUGCAGAGUGAUUAUGCAGGGAAGGUGGGGAUCUUGCUUUCAAAGCUAACUUGCUAUUGCUAGCCUUUCCAAAAUCGCCUACCCUACCUUUAAAGAAUGAUGGAAAACCAUGAAGAUGCAUUAAGAGAGAAAUUCUCUCUUAUUUGAUCCUAUACAUUUUAAAGUAUACUGUGAAAUUUACAUGUUAUUCCUUGUAAACAUGAUACCCAACAUAAACUGUAAGCAUCAAAACACACAAUGUUACAUUGUUACAUUAUGUCUCAUCUGGUCUAUGAAUUCAUGUAUUUGAUUUUAUUUCUUUUUUAUUUGUCUUGAAUUUAAAAUUUGUCAAUGGGAAGUGUUGCCCUGUGAAGAAAAUGCAAAAUUGUGAUUUAAUUUCAUAAGAUAAUGUAAAAAGCACUUUUUAUUAUAAUUGUUAACAGCAAAUAUGUGAUCUGUAUCAGAACACAUUUCUGAUUAAGGCUCUUUUAUACACUUUAUUUGUUAUAUGCUUAUUCUGAACAUGGCUGUAAUGUUUGUAAUAAUACAAAUACAUUUUGUAUAUUUUAAUAUGAAUCAUACUUUUUAAAAUUUUAAUGUUAUAAUGAAAUGAUAAUAUUGUGCAAAUUCAAAUUAAAUAUUAUAUUUGUUCAA